AUGGUCAAAGUCAGCGCAAACGUUUCCGCCUCGAGGCGCAAGUCUCGCAAGGCGCACUUCAGCGCGCCUUCCAGCAUCCGCCGGAACAUCAUGAGCGCCCCCCUCAGCAAGGAGCUUCGUGAGAAGUACAACGUCCGGAGCAUGCCUAUCCGCAAGGACGACGAGGUCACGAUUGUCCGUGGCCUGAACAAGGACAAGGAGGGCAAGGUCCUCUCGGUGUACCGUCUCAAAUACGUCAUCCACAUUGAGCGUGUCACCCGCGACAAGGCCAGCGGCCAGAGCGUUCCCCUGGGCAUCCACCCCAGCAACGUUGUCAUCACCAAGCUCAAGCUCGACAAGGACCGUGAGGACAUUCUGGCCCGCAUCAAGGCCGGUCGUGACCAGGUCGCUCGUGCCCAGGGCAAGAACAAGGCUUGA